UUGAAAUAAUAAAUUUCAAUGAAAUAAAUCAUAUCUGAUGUUUUCGAAUAACUAUUGAUUUUUAAAUCGACAAUUGAGAAACGAAAAUUGUUAUUUCUCGGACGAAAAAUAGACACGACCUUAUAUUUUACGAUCAUAUGAUUGAUCCUCUCCAUAGAAAAAUAUUGAUGUGUUUUACAAUAAAUUUUCGAACAUAAUGUGCCGUUGUUAGUUUCAACAAUAUUCUGUUAUCAAAAUUGCAGAUAAUUUGAUGUGAUUCGCUUUCGAGUUUGUGUCGACCCCCUAGAUUUUUGACAUUACAUUGUCUUCCAUCUUCAGUCUUCGCAUUAUGGCCCCUUCAUCAAUUGUUAAAUAGAUUCUGUGAUAAUCAUUGAAUGGACUAUUGGUAUGUGAAUAGCGGUGACGGCAUUAAUAACGGAAUGGAUGCAAAACCAAAAAUAAAUCGUCGAAAAUUUAUGGUAUUUCAAUACGAAUCGAAAACGAGCAAAACAUCCCAUUCAAUAUUAAUAACUAGAAAAUAUUCAAAAUGAAUUAUACAAAUACGGCAAUCAACCAUAUAGACGGCUAUAGCGGUAACAAUAUUACCGGAAACAGUUCCAAUUACAUAUUGGAAUCAAGUAGUAACGAUAGUGCAACAACACUCGCAUCAGCCGUUGUAUCGAAUGCCAUUCAUUUCGUUCAGAAUGCAUUCAAUUCCACAAGAAAAUAUGAUGGAAACGCAACCGACGACAAAAAUAUCAAUGUCACCGAUGCAGAACUACAUGAUUUCGUAUUAAAACUACUCGAAUACAAUCAGUUCAAUUUAAGCACCGAUAAUGAAUCAGUCGCAUGCGAACACUAUUGCAACGGUUUUGUCAAAGAUGUAUUCAGUAAUUACAAACGGAUGCAUGGUUACAUAUCAUUAGCGAUUUGCAUAUUUGGAACAAUUGCAAAUAUACUGAAUAUCAUUGUGUUGACGCGAAAGGACAUGAGUAAAACGCCGAUAAACACAAUACUCAAAUGGUUGGCUGUUGCUGAUAUGUUUCUAAUGAUCGAAUAUAUACCAUUUUCAAUUCAUAUGUACAUCGGACCAAGACCCGUUGGUUUUAAAUAUUUAUGGUCGGUGUAUAUUUUGUUUCAUAUGCAUUUCACACAAAUUUUGCACACAAUAUCGAUAUCUCUAACAGUGAUUCUGGCACUUUGGCGCUACAUUGCAAUUAAGCAUCCGCAUGGAAGACUAGCAUCUUGUGUAUUAUCGCAUUGUGGCGCAGCUAUAUUAUUAUCAUUUUUGCUUGCACCGAUUCUUUGUUUACCGACGUACUUUGUAUUUCGUAUAAACGAGAAAGUCAUCUUUUCGGAUAAAAUCACCAAAGUCACGGUUUACCACGUGGACACGAAACAAGAUACAAUACUAUACAGUAUCAACUUUUGGCUCUUCAGUGUGAUAAUCAAACUCCUGCCUUGUUUGGUAUUAACAGUAAUCAGUUUCAUAUUAAUUCGAGUCCUAUAUCAAGCAGCAAAGCGAAAAGUUAAACUCAAGGGAUACAAUCAAGCGGCAAGCACAUCAAAUAUAAAUACAGUCAAAAUUUUAAAUGGCCACAGACCAUCAAAGUGCCAACGACGUACCGAUCGAACAACAAUGCUGUUGGUGGCUGUGCUAAUGCUAUUUCUAAUCACCGAAUUCCCACAAGGCAUUCUUGGUUUAUUGAGCGGAUUGCUGGAAACGUGCUUCUUCCGAAAAUGUUAUAUACCGUUCGGUGAAAUGAUGGAUUUGUUGGCUUUAAUAAAUGCGGCUGUUGGCUUUGUGCUCUAUGGUCUAAUGUCGAAACAAUUUCGUACGAGUUUUAAAUCGGUGUUUUUUAAUAAGCGUCUGUCCAGACUAGAAAUGACGAGAGUCACUAAUCUAAAUAAUACGACUUGCGUUUGACGACGAAUAAAUUUCGGUUUAUUUAUUGUUACUUAGGCCAGGCUGUAAUUGGACAAAGAAAUAACGGAUGGGAGAAAGAGAGAGCGGGGGUGGGAGAAAAAUGUAUAAAAACAAAAAUAUAAAAUAAACAUGCACAAAUGAAAGAAAAACAACAACAACAAAAAAUGCCAAGAUAAUAUUCAACAGUCGAUCGAAGACUUAUGAGUCUUCAUGGAAAAGGAAACAAACGAGAGAAAAAAUGCCAUUGACAUUCGUCGUCGACCCAUUUGAUACAAAUGAGAGAAUAACAACAGUGUGCAAACGGCAAAAGGUCACACUUUAAAACAAGAAGAAGAGUUUUCCACUCAUGUAAACCAAAUAAUUGUGUACAGAAUAUUAGAAUUAAAAGGCACUGGCUAUUUUCACUCAAAUCUCUACAAAAUAGGAAUAAAAGUGAUAAUACCGAAACGAAUUCUGAACAACGUAGGUAAAGCUUUUUUUAUUUACUAAUGUUUCAUGAAACGUUUACAAUUUUGUUCGAUGGCAUCACCAAAGAUGCUAGUGAUCUUUAUAUUCUGGUAGUUUGUUUUCGUUGAGCUGAAAUUAUGGGUAAAAUUCGAAGUGAAAAUGCUUGUUAGAAUAACUCGUGAAACGUGCUGGUAGAGUAAGUUGACCUGAAGCGCUUGCAGCAGUAGUUGGUAAUGCUAAAAUAAAAAGGGUCAUUCAUUUGAGAACGAAAUUUUUGUGUCGAAAAAUAUAUCUGAUAGCGAUCGACUCUGAUUCCUAAUUGGAUCACGACCAACAUAAAAUUAAUAUUCAAACAUUUUAGAAAACGUUCUUUAUUAAAUUAUCAUGACGGAUAAUUGAAAUUUGAAUCGUGCGCGACAAAAUUUACACGUACCGUGUAAAUUGUGUUAUUGUUUUAUUAACACACAUAGCUACUUUGUAGAAAUUUGAGUGUCAAAAAAAUGUGCCAACAAUUGCAACGAAAUGGCUACUACAUGUACUAUCUAUUCAAAACAAAUUGAACGUGACGUACUCUAUAUUUUUAUCUCUAUUUACAACACACAUGCUCAAUGCUUUUGUUCAUCAAAAAAACACACUCAAACUUGUUUAUGCAUAAUUAGAUAUUUUUUUUGAAUUUGCUAUCUACGUUACAGAAAAUGCAAAUAAAAAACGAACAAGCACCACAAAAUAGCAUAUUGGUCAGAUGUUACCAAUGAACGGCGAACAAGUGACAACAACAUGACAACCCUCAAAAGCCGCACCAUAUCACAUCGCCAGAAAAAAAGGAAAAUGCUGUGUCCGUACAAUUUUAUUCGAUUUUUAUAAAAUUAAACACGUUUCAUGUUCCACUCUAAUCGAUUUAUUUCGAUUUCAGUGUUGUCAUUUGAUACUUAAACAUGUUUGUGACGCAAAAAAAAAAUGUUUUUUCGAGAAAAAUUCUGAACACACACACGACUCACGAAAAUAUAAAAUUGAAACAAUAUCCCCACAGAAAUCA